AGGCUGCUCGAACUCUGAGCAAAUUAAUAACACACAGAGAAAGAAGAAAACAUAGCUUAGGAUCUGAAGCCGUGGAGAGCAGUGUGAUUGGUGGGAGACUCACAUUUUCUCUGCCAAAGUAAGAAACACCAUAGGGUUUGGAAUCGUUUGCAGGCAAAAAGGACGCAUUUACUUGUGAGGCUGGUCUCACCAAGAAAAAGAUUAUUUACUGUCAAGGAGAGGACUACACCCAUCAACACCACCCCAAUUAAAGAAAUAGUCCAAACUUAUAAACAGGUCCCAUUGAACUGGAAAAACUAAGAGUUUCAGUAGCAGAGAGCUGUGAUGAUGUCAUAAUUUAUUUUUGGUUUGAAACAACAGAGAAAAGUUUACUGAAUACAAGAAAAAGAAAAUGGGACGGCUGGCAAAACUCCUGGUACUGCAUCUCCUGCUUUUAAGAGUGAAAUUUGCUGCUGCCUACACUAAUGUUCCUGCAAAUGCAAUGAACCCAGAUAGCGUUGUGGUGGCAUAUCAAAACAUAUCUGCCCCCAUUGGGUCAGAAGUGGUAUUACAGUGCUACAGUCAACGAAUAGUUUGGACCCAGGAUCGUUUGAAUGACCGCCAACGUGUGGCACAUUGGGACUGGUUCUCAAUCAACGGUGAAUACAAGGUCGAUCGUGUGCUUGAUAUGUUCUCAGCAGGGGACCAUCGGCUCUAUAACAGCUACAAUCAAGGGAGAGUACUGAUGUCAACUUCUGCAUUCUCCAGUGGAAACUUCUCUUUAGUGAUAAAAGAUGUUAGGACAAAUGAUCGAGGGAUUUACUCAUGUAAUCUUCACCACCAUUAUUGUCACCUUUAUGAAACAGUCAAAAUACAACUCAAUAUCACCAGAUCAGCAAAAAAGGUGAGGAAGAUGUGGGAUGGAGAGAAGACUGUGAUUGUGGCCUUACUUGGCACAACUGUGGUCCUGCCUUGUGAAAAUCACAACCACAUUUGGACAGAAAGACAUAGUGAAGAAGAGCAACAGGUGGUCCAUUGGGACAGAUCACCUCCUGGUGUCUGGCAUGACCAGGCUGACCGUCUGAUUGACCUCUACGCUUCGGGGGAGCAGCGAUCUUACGGUCCUCAGUUUAUCAGGAAAAGGAUGAAUAUAUCAGAGACUGCAUUCGCUGAUGGUGAUUUUUCACUGACAAUCUCUAACCUUAGCUUGGGAGAUGAAGGAAUCUAUUCAUGUGAUUUGCAUCACCAUUACUGUGGAAUUCAUGAGCGUCGCAUCUUCAACCUCUUCAUUACAGAUCCAGUCAAAGUGAACUUUACACAUAAAACAUCAGCUACGUCAGUUGAAGUCCCGAAAGUCGUCAAUGUUUUUAUUCCAGAACAUUCUUCACAUUUCCUUCAUCAAUUUGGAUACAUCCUGGCAAUGCUACUCUUACUGGCUAUUCUGAUAACCAUCAUUGCCCUGAUUACCCAUCGACAAAGAAAAAGAGGUCUCCAUUACAAUGUGAAGACAUCUCAACCAAGAACAGAUGUGACUCUCAACGAUUUUGUGAUUGACACAACUGACCUGAGACUGAACAAAAAUGAUGGAAUGAAACUGGCAGACUACAAGAACAACAUACUAAAGGAGAAGGCUGCAAUGUCCCAACAGAAGGUGGAACUUCUCAGGGAUAUCCCCCCAAAGAACUUAGAUAGAGGUUUUGAGAAGCAAUAUUGGAAAUAAGGAGAAUGAUGCUGCUGGCUGGAUCCAGAAGCUGAUCAGUGAAGGGUCUAUAUGAGAAAAUCAGUUGCCUCUUAUUAAUAUCAUUCAAUAAUACAGCGCUUAAUAAAAAUAUACAUAUCAAUGGUAUUGUCACAAACAUAUCCCAGAACGAUGCAGCACAUUUUGCAGAACCACAACCUCAAACUGCUUUAUUGGGAACCUUUCAUUUAUCUGACAUGUUUGUCAAUCCUUGAUGAGGGAGACAGGCACCAGUAGCAAUAUGCGUGAGCAUCAUUAGUCACAGGGGGAAUCAGAGAAUUUCAUGGCUGGCUGUAGAUGACCACAUGAUGUUAGCUGCAGCGAGGGUGGUGCUUCUGGGAACAUUGAAUGUAAGGGCAAGUGCCACUCCUUUAAAAGUAGUUGGCUAUGGUGUUACUCAAAGGAAUGGCCAUCAAAGUUCAAUGAUACACAACUUGUAAUGUGAGGCUGCACAAUAGCUCAGUUAUUUUCCAGCCAAGACUAAAAGGAAAGCCUGAGCAAUUUGAAGCUUUGGAAAUGACAUCAUUGUGAAUCACUAGUGCUUUCAACUGUUGGCACCUGCAAUUCAUCAGCUCAGCUUACCAUCUCUAAUUUUACAAUAUCUUUCCUUCCAGCUCCAAUCCCUGUUGUCCACCUCCAGUUCCCCAGUUUCUUUCUUUCCACCUCCAGUUCCAGCGCUGUUAUUCCUCCAUGUAUGACAUCCCAUUCUAACUCUAGUGCCAGUUUAUCUAUCCCUCCCUCUCCGACCCCUUAGCCCUUAUCCUUCACUCUGCAUCCUCAAUUUGUUGUGUCUUUCUGACCCCAUUCCCACAACUAUAACUAUUCCUGUAUCUCCAAUCCCUCAGUCACUAACUAUCCUGUAUAGCACCUCAGUCAGUCUGUCUGUCUUUAUGUCUUCUGCCCCAUAAGGUUUAUGUUUUAAUUUGUCCAUCACUGUGUUCCUUCUGCCAUUCCCAACUCCUCUUGACCAGCGGUUUGCCUCUAUAAAGGUGAAUUGUCUCUUAGAAAUUAGAAUUCAUUGAACAAGUCUUAGGAAGUGAAGUGUUCCAAUGAUAUAUUAUGAGUAAUCUCUAAUAUAUGCUGCAUGAAAUUAGUACCACCCCAUGGUAAUCCAAAACUGCAACAAUUUCUAUAACCAACACACAGAACAGCAAUUAUUCUAAACAGUGAUAUUAUACAAGAUUAUUAAAUGUGUGACAAUUAAUCAAUCUAUUUGUCUUUUUUAAUAAAAUGCUGUAAUUUCAAAAAUCACAUCCCAUUUUUCUGGCACCUGCUCAGUCCACAGAGUUAGUGAAACAGCAUCCAGGUGUUUUUACCUGCACUUAGAUUUUCUUUGCACAUGAUUGUGUCAUCAUAUAGAUCACUUAUUGCUGGCCUGUGAUCUGUAAUGUUCAGUCUUGAAUAACAGUCACUGACCUAGUUUUGUUAGAGUUCAGCACUGAUGCUAGGAGUAAGCCUGAGGUAACCACCGCUGGCCUGGAAUUAACAUCACAGGUCCGUAACUAGCAGUGGACCCUAUAUCCAUAUAUAAUGUGUGGCUUCAACUGCGAUAUAAAUAAUAAUGUUGAUAAUUUGGUAGACUGGGCAAGUAUUCCCAGUCGAAGAAAAACUGCAGCCAGUGCCGCAAUAAAUAAAAUUUGAUUUGUUUAUUCUAAGCACCCAAUAUUUUUUGUAGAAAUAAAUUUAAUUGAAUGAAUAAGUCACUCCUGUAUAUUAAUUAAGCAUGAAAAACAUUGCAGCUUUAUAAAACCAAAUCCAAUUUUAUUACAAAAAUAUUAAUCAGCUGGUCAUUUAUUUAAUUGAACUCUAGUCAGGCCAGCACCAAGAACAAAAUGAGUCAGAGCGAGGUUCUGUAAAAUGAAAAAUUUAAUUGACACCAAGCUGGCCUUUUUUAUAUACUAAGGAUUGUAGAAGGAAGCAGGAAAGAUGAAGAAAGAAUUCCACUGAGUGAGGACUAAGGGAAUAAUGAGUUUGAAUAGGAGAUAGAAUGUUGAAAUUUGAUUUUAAUAUAGUGAGAGCUACGGGAGAGAAACGGGAAGUGUAACUAGCUCCCCAUCUAUCGAUGUUUUGUCCAUCACUUAGUUUAAACUAUGUUCUAUCUAAUGAUAUUUUGGUACUAAAAUGAACUAUUAUCCCAAAUCCAUGCAAACAAUCAGGAAAUCACUUAAUCAGCAAAACUUCAGUGUUGCUACUGGUGCCAUCUCCUCCCUGACUCUAUUGACUGCAGGUAUUUUUGCAGGCUAGUAUAUGUGAAGGUGUUGACUGAGGAGAUUUGUAGUGAGUUGGCAGCAAAAAGGCCUCUGUUACUUGAACCAAACAAUGUCCACUCAUGUUCUGGAAGUUCUACUUUUGCUAACUUGUUGGAUAAUCUAAUUCCGUAGUGAAGUUCUCUUCAUUCUCUGACCUGCAGGUACACGCUGCAAGUUUCAUAAUUUUUAUAAAAAUAUAUUAUCAUUCUGUAGACUUUAGUUAUUGGAAAUAACAUUAAAGCCUCAUUUGUGAUAGUCUUCCCAGUAUAAUAAACUUCCUACUCUGAGCCAAGAAGGAUUCCCUUACAUAAUAGACUUGCAAACCUCAAUCUUCAGUAACAUGCCCCUUUCAAAUCUGUAUGUAUUUGUCACUAUGCAGAUUAUAUGUUGUAAUACCAAUUCCAAAUCAAACUAAAAGACAAUUUGGGAAGAAUGAAGACUGGAAGUGGAGGAAGUAAAAAUAAAGUAUCAAGAUGCAAGGUGAGAUUGGAGUAGUGCGGGCAUAGGCAGCAAGUUAAAACAUGUAAUUUAAGCAUGAUGAGGAGUAAAAUGUUGGCUUUGGAUAGAAUCAAGUCAGUGCAGCAACUAGCAUUGGACUGUUCUGAGGAGGAUACCAUAAUACAGGGGUGGGAUCAGAACAGGAUAGGUUUUGGGAUUAACUAGUAAUAGAGUUGGGGCAGAGUGAGUUGGCAUUGAAAUUAGCCUUGGCAGUGAUUAGGAUUGGCCCACUGCAAGAAGCAUUAUUGGCUCAAGGGUAAAAGUAGAACAGGGUUGAGGCAAAAACAACAAUUUGUAUUUACACAGCAUCUUUCAACAUUGCAAAGCAUCAAAGUGCGUCAUAGGACCAACAUAAAAUUUCUGACCAAGGCACGUAAGGAGAUAUUAAGAAGGUGACCAAAAGCUUGGUUAUUACCAAAAGGUAGGUGUUGAGGAGUGCUUUAUUUGAAGGACAGGAAAAUUUCAAAAGGCACUGAAAAGCUUAGGACCUAGGAAAGUUAAAAAAAAAUGGUUGCCAGGGUAGCAUGAUUAAAAUCCUGACUGCAGAAAGGCCAGAAUUGGAGAAAGGCAGAUAUCUGAGGUUUGUAGGUCCUAAGGUGAUUACAAAUGGCAAAGCUUUGGAGAUACUCGAAAAUAAGCAUACAAAUUUUAAAAUUGAGGUGUUGCUGCGGUAAUGUAAUAGUUAGGAUACAAAUAGAAAAUCUUUGGAUGAACGCAGUUUGAACAAUGGUUUAAAGUAGGUGACUGGCCUGGAGUGCUUUAGAAUAGUUGAGUCUGGAGAUCACUAAAGGCAUGAUCAAGGCUUCAUCAGCAGACAGGCUGAGUCAAGGGUGCAGACAGACGUUACAGUAGUUAAUGAAAGCAGCGCAGGGGUUGGGAUAGAGGUCAUGACAGCAGUGCAGAGUUUGGGGUUGGGUUACCAUGGUAUUGAUGUUUAUAUUGGCAUACAUCAGAUGAAAAAUCUUUGUUUAUCAAUCUGAAAAUUUACUGAAAACAUUAAAACAUAAUGACAUCUCCACUUUGCAAAGUAUAGGAAUGAAUUGAAAAUGAACUUUUACUUCCAAAAUUACAUUUCUAAUGUCCACUUUAUCAGUUUACAAAAUGCUGAGUGGAUUGCUCAAACCUGGCCUGGGAGGGGAGGAAGAUUGCCAUAAAAUCUUCAAGCAUAAGACAGCAAGGCCUCAUUCUCUGAAUACUCUAUCCACUCCAACAGACAUGUGAAGGAGAGACAGGUGUUAACAUAUCAGAAAGGGAAAUUAACCAUUUUUCCUUUUAAAUUGCAUAUAUUAGGCCACAGAUAGCAAUUCCAUAUAUGGAAAAUGGGGCUGUAAUUAGUUACCCAAAAUCAUGCUCUGAUAACUUUGAUAGCACUAAGACUUUUCAUUAUUAGGCAAGAGGAAGUAAAAUCUGUGGGAUUCUGUCAAUUGAUCCAAGGUUGGAGUUCUCAACAUUCCAAAGGAACUGACCCUUUCAGCAUUCCUUGUGCAAUAGCCAGGCCCCUCAAGGGAGCUUUCCCCCUCGUUAAGCCCCACCACCAGCAUCACUCACCUCAAUAAACAGCUUGCCCACUUCACUCCUGACCACCAUCUUCUCCCUAAAUUUUAAUUUUGGGUCAAAAUUAUAUGUAGUAGAAAGGAAAAUUAUUAGAAGUGUAAUGCACAUGAGACCUGCAGAGAGGAGGGGAACAGACAAGCUUGAUUUAAUGAUUUCCCGCAAAGGCUUGAAAAAAAUGGAACACUCAAAAGCGUUUAUUUAGAAAAGAACAGUGUAAGACAGAUAAGUCAGAAUAAUGCAGUCUGCUGUAGUCCUGUGAUCCUAGUCUUUAGAAGAUUGAGUCUGCUGUUUGGUUCUUGACCUUUUUCUACUACUUAAUUCAAAAUUAUUUUGAUUUUUGGCACAUCAGGAAAUUAUUUUAUAAAUAUAUAUAUAUAUAUAUAUAUAUCUGUGUCUGACAUGUGUUGCUGUUUCUGUUUUCAAUACUUUACCGUUUUUGAAUUAAAGCAUUAGAUCUGCUUUGUAGUCUAACCAGUGCAGCAAUUACUAUCAGUGUAACACAAACUAUGGUGUGCAAACAUAAAAUGUCGCUGCAAUAGGGCUUGCAUUCUUACAUUAUAGUAAACAUGCAAAUGAUAGGCAGUCAUUUCCCUUUAUGACUGUGUGUAGUAUGAAUUUAAAAAUAUUGGCAAUUAGUGCCUGCUCACCAGCCAAUCAAGUCACAUUAUUAUUCUUACAUGCUUGUCUCAAGUGUAUUGUGGGGUAUACAGUCUCUGUGUAUACUGGCUUGAUACAGUUCUACAGUACUUUGUUAAAUGAGCAAAUGUUCAUGAAUGCAAAUAAAGAAAACAUGUCUUGCUUUGUCUCAUUUGUUAGGUAUCUAUUUCCAUGGCAGCCACAUCUACUGCAUAGUCAGAAUAUGGGCAUUUCGCUCAAAAUUAAUUCAGAAAUUACAACAUAUUUAGGUACAAGAGGCCAUUCAGCCUGAGUGGUGGUCCAUUCUGUUUCAUUCAGAGAGUCUGGGCUGCUGUGGCAGAAUAUGUUUUA